UUGUACAUAAAUACAUCAUCAGGAAAAACAAAACCAGUGUGUCGAGAACAGAAUUAGUAUCAACAUGUCUUUAAAAACUUUACCUGUUUUGUUUUUGUUCAUCGCAGUUUCGUAUGCUUUAAAAGUUGAUAAAACGCCGUGGGAAUGUCCGAAAAAUGAACGUUACAUCGAAUGUGCCCUAGAAGUUUGCUGGAAGAAUUGCAAGGAUCUGAAGAAUCCACCUCCCUGCCCCUCUAUAGCGGCUGGUUGCUACGAUCCUGCGUGUGUGUGUGACAAUGAUUACAUGAGAAACGAUGAGGGUGUGUGCGUGCCCACUGAUCAAUGUUAAUAAAACCACGCCACCGAAUAAAUCACGACUUCAGCGUAACAAUGUGCAAGCUUUGGUUUUUUAUUUUUUCUAUAAAUAAAUACUUUUCAUAAAAAUAUA